GAUGGCUGGGCAUUCCACGUGCAUCAGCAGGGGGCGUUACCAUACUAUUUGUUUAUUUCCGACUAGUUCUGGGAAUUGAGCAGAGACUGGGGAAAGGUAAAGGCGGUGUGUGUUCACUUUUUUUCACUCCGCUGGAGGUUGGCAGUGUUUGCAGAGCACUGUGAUGGCGGACGAUGAUGGUUUCGGCAACGGAACUCGUGUGUUUGACUUUUAUCGGGUUUCGGUUACUCCACCGGGAGUGGGCCCUGUACCUUUGCAGUUGACCCCUGUUGGGGGAGGAAGCAAUUGGGUAGAUGCAAAAGCCAUAUGGCGGGAGAUCACUUUGUCCAGAUUAGAUCAGCUGGUUUCGGAGCCAGGGCCACUUGCAGGAGUGUAUGAAAACCUAAAGAUGAGGUUGGUUGAUCGUAGUCUUGACCCAUUUGUACUUGUGGAACGAAUUCUUCUUCGACAAGCUCAGGAGAUGCGGAACUACUUCAUGUUUUUACCGCAUAUGGUCAUCAGUGAUUGUGCUACAGCACUUGAAAGCAGUGGCAGCAGCACAUCGAAACGAAACCGUUUAAUUAAACAUAUCACUGAGGAGUUUUCUGAGCUGCAUCAGUUUCUGCACAAGGAAAAAAAUCGCAUUUUAACCAGGUUGUCAGCUGAACAGGUGAAGAAUUUGAAAUCAUUGAAUGAUCGUGUGCAGCGACAGAAGGAGAAGAAGAAAGGUGAUUCUGUAAGAGAACAGAUCAUUGACAGGUUUUCCAAGCUGCACCAGAUUCUGGAGAUAGAAGAAAAUACAUUUACAAUGAGAAUGGAUUCUGAAGAAGAGAAAAAGAAACGCCAGUUAAAUGAGGUCCGCACGACCACAAAAGAUAUGAUGCAGAGGCUUCAGCAUCUCACAUUCGAAUUGUUGAAAAAGCUAGAGAAUCAGGAUCUAUCUGCUGACACGGAAAUUUUAGAACUUCAACAACUGAUGGAACAAGCAGUAACCAGGAUUAGUCGACCGCUGAUUAUAUCAUCGGAUUUAAGUGAAGAAGAAUUUAUCGCCCCUGUGCACUACACUACAAUGAAGGUCAACAAUUCAGUUCCAAAUGAAGACGGAAAUGUUGCAGUAACAAAUAAUGUUUCCAACUGAAGCAUUCUUCAGAUUGUCUGGACGGGUUUUCAGAAUUAGGCCGAGGAUGGAUUGGCAUAAAUUAUUUUCUACAUCUGUAACCAGAACUUGCUUAUGCUAAACAUGCAUAAUUAUGUUUCUUGUUGAAAUUGCUGCUGUUUCAGAACUCUAUGCUAUGAAGGAGACUUGGCAUUCUAUUAAGCUGCUGCCUUUUAACUUCUCAUCGCCCUGUGCAUGACAUACUGGUUCUAGAACUGUGAACUGGCUAAUGAAUUGCGGACAAGUUAUGGCAUCAUGGCUAUUUAGAAAGAGAGGCAACAUAAGAUGGCUUCUUGACUAUACAGUGUACUUGAAUUGACCGAUAUUGCCACAUUUUGAAUCAAUUGUAAAAGAAUAUAAUUUUUGUACCAAA